GAGUGAUAUUAAGAUCGUUUGAGCAACAUCUUGAUGGAUUUGAAAAGUUUUUAUUUUUUUUAACGUGAUCAAGGUUAUAGGCCUACGAGAUGACUGGUUUACAAAUGAAAAAUAAGAACUAGAACAAGAGCAAAACAAAACAAAAAAGCAGUGAUGGAGUGGAGCGGUUCAAAAUACAAGUAAUAUACUUCAAUUACCCCCUUGUUUUCUUUGGUGCCUUUGGAUGAUUGGGUGUCUGUCGACAAGCGGAGAAGUUCAGGGUUUUGUAUUCCUCUAAAUCCAGUGGACUGCUCUUAUUGGUAGCUGAAAUCGUUGCAUCACGAUGAUCAUGACGCGCCGUCUUCCUGCUUCCUUUAUUCGCGUCUUAAAGUGAAUCUUGUUGAUGUGAGCGCGCGCUACAGCCUCGUCCUGUUGGUGGUCGCUGAGACGGACAAUUUCCAGGUAGAGAGAGGAGCGCGCGCACAAGAGCUCUCUCUCUCUCGCGCGCGCGCGCGCUAGCUCUCUCUCUCUCUCUCUCUCUCUCUCUGCGCUCUCACUGUCCUGAGAAAUUACUCCAUUCGUCCAGGGUGAGCAACCCUAUCAAUCCUCUGUUACACUAUUCCAAAAAGAAGCUCAAGCCAUUCUCAUCUUCAGAGGUUCUCAAACUGUGUCCAGCUGGCAGGCUUUUAAAAUGGCGUGACAACAUUUCCAGUGAUGCCGGACCAUGACAACACGUCCCUCUUAAAUAGAAAAACCAAGAGAAGAAGAGUUGACAUCGGAGUGAAAAGGACUGUAGGUACAGUGUUUGUAGCUUUUGACCAUUUAAAAACAAGCAAUUUCAGUGCCAUGAAUCCCCACGGAGCUGAGAAGGAUGUCAACUGUUCAGUGGUGCAGCACACAGACAGUGAGAAGUCCAAUGUGCUUCACAAGUUGCUGAAGCGGGCCAACUCUUAUGAAGACACUUUGGUGACCUUUCCUGGGGCCACCAUCAUCUCCCAUCUGCUGAAAAACAAUUUAACCAAAAAUGGGGCAAAUGAAUCUGACUACCAGAGCAAUGGCUUGUCCAGGACAGGCUCAGAGAUCCACCAGGAGGAUGCCUGCAGCACCUCAUCACGCGGCAGCCCUCAGGAGUGUCUGUCCCCUUUCGGUAGGCCUUCCAUGGCACAAUUUGACAUUGAUCGGUUGACAGAUGAGCACCUGAGGGCUAAACGUGCUAGAGUGGAGAACAUAAUCCGUGGGAUGAGCCACUCUCCAAAUGUCACGCACCGUAUAGGUGAGAUUGAGCGUGAUGGGGCACCUCAACCCCUAAGCCCUCGAGAGAGUUACAGGGAAAACAAGCGUAAGCAGAAACUACCCCAGCAGCAGCAGAGUUUCCAGCAACUCAUUUCUGCUCGCAAAGAACAAAAGCACGAGGAGCGCCGUCAUCUCAAACUACAGCUAGAGGACAUGCAAAAACAGCUCCGUCAGCUCCAAGAAAAGUUCUAUCAGAUUUAUGAUAGCACUGACUCUGAGAAUGAUGAAGAUGGAAACCUCUCAGAGGACAGCCUGCAUUCUGAUGGAAUGGACAACCAUAUCUCUGACUCUGUUACAAACCGCUCAGAAAAUGAGAUGUCUGUCCUUGAUCCAGGACAUUUCUUAGACCAAGCCCAGGCACUUAUUUGUGAGCAAACCAUGAUGACCGAGGGAGAGAAGCCCAAACGUGAUGGCUCUCGAGGAAAAGGUCAUAAAUCAAUGUCCAUGCAUGCAGAAGGGAAACAACUAGCAGAAACACUGAAACAGGAACUAAACACUGCAAUGACCCAGGUGGUGGACACAGUGGUAAAGGUCUUUGCAAAAACCCCAUAUCCGCUUCCUCAGGGCUUCCCAACUGUGCAGACACCCUCUGACCGCUUUUUAGUGAAUCGCGAGAACCCACAUUUUCACACUGCUAACCAGCGUCUACAGUGUUUUGGUGAUGUCAUUAUUCCCAAUCCCCUCAAUUCGUUUAACAACAUGCGAGUGCCCAACUCAAAUGACCAAACAGAAGCCCUGCCUCUAGUGGUGAGAAAGAACUCUACUGACCAGCCUGGAUCGCUACCCACACCUGCAAAUCACCACCCCGGUCUUCACCCAUCACCAUUAUCCUCAACUGUGGCCUUCAGUCCUCCAUCCUUCCGACAUCCUUUUCCUCUUCAUAUUAUGGGUUAUCCUUUCCAAAGCCCUCUAGGUGCCCCAAAUGGGCCUUAUCCAGGCAAGGACAGGUCUUCUCCUGAGUCUAUGGACCUGUCUAGAGAAACCACUAGCUUACGGACCAAGAUGUCAUCCAACCAUCUCAGCCUCCAUCGUUCUAUCUCACCAACACAUCCAGGAAACCCUGAAGGCCUUUCAAUAUCUCUCAUCAAGUCUGAAUGUGGGGACCUCCAAGAUAUGUCUGAUAUCUCUCCAUAUUCAGGAAGUACAAUCCAAGAAGGCUUAUCUCCCAACCACUUGAAGAAGGCAAAGCUGAUGUUCUUCUACACACGCUAUCCCAGCUCCAACAUGCUGAAAAUGUUCUUCUCCGAUGUGAAGUUCAACCGCUGCAUCACCUCUCAGCUGAUCAAGUGGUUUAGCAACUUCCGUGAGUUCUACUACAUCCAGAUGGAGAAGUUUGCUCGGCAGGCCAUAAAUGAUGGGGUGACUGGUGCAGAUGAACUAACGGUCAGUCGAGACUGUGAGCUCUAUCGUGCUCUCAACAUGCACUAUAACAAGGCCAAUGACUUUGAGGAGCACAGUAGGCUGCAUCAUUGUGAAAUAGAAGAAGGUUGGAACCACCAGUACUCUCCCCAGGGUCCAGAAACUGAGCUAGAAGGGCCUUGGUCAGGAAAGUGACCAAGAAUCCAAUGGCCAUUCUACUUCUCACUGGUCAAAAGUGAGGGAAUGAUGAAUGCAGCCACAUAAAGAGAGAUCCUUGACGUAAACUUGCUCCAGAGUGCGAAUGAACUCAGACUGGGGUGAAGGUUCACCUUUCAGCACAACAACGAACUGAAGCUCAUAGCCAAUACAGCACUAGAGUGGCUUUGGCACAAGUCCCUAAUGUCCUUAAGUGGCCCAGGCAAAGUACAGAUUGAACCCCACAGAACAUUAUAUAGAGACCUGAAGUCACUGCACAUCCAAUAUGAUUGAGCUGGAGAGGAUCUACGAGGAAAAAUGGGAGAAAUUGCCAAUUCCAGUUGUGCAAUGCUUGUAGAGACUUACCCAAGAAUAUUUGAAGCUGUAAUUGCUACCAGACAUGCUUCUACAAUCGACAAGUCCUGAAUUAAGGGUCUGAAUAAUUAUCUAAAUGAGAGUUUUUAAUUUGCAAUAAUUUUGCAAAAAUUUCUAUAAACUUGUUUUCAUUUUGUCCUUUUGGCAAAUUGUGUGUAGAUUAAUGGGCAAAAAAGUAAAUGUUAUCAAUUUAAAAUGAAACCUAUAACAAUAAAGUAUGCCAAAACUGAAAGGGUCUGAAUACUUUCCGAACGCAUGUGUGUGUGAAUAUAGAUUAUGUGUAUGUAUAUACAGUACACUGUGUGUAUGUUUUUGAUUGAGAAAAGAUUGUCAUAAAACUUUUUAAUUUUGCUGCAUAGUUCAGCUUUGUUAGUCAAACUGGUGUUUUCAGGCCAGACAGCUGAGGUCUCUGAUUCUCAGGAACAGAUUUCACACUUGCUGUAUCACAUCACAAGCUCUAUUCAAGAGCUCUAAGUGCGGUGGGGUCCUAAGGCCCCAAUGGAAUAAGGAGACAUUUUCCAGGCAGGUCUUGGGAAGGUCUAGUUUUUCACCUAGAAAUUACCUCAAGGCUCUUCUGUCAAAGCCUGUUGAGUAUACACUUGGUUUUCCCCAAAUCCCCCUCUCCUUCCUGCCUCCAAACUAGUCUGAAGUGUGCACAGAAGGGUCUGUUUCCCUCAGUCUCUUUCUUUCUGUCUGUGUUCUUUGAGCCUAUAUUAAAAAAAAAGACUUUUUAGCUGUAUCCCGAUAGCAGAUGCACACAAGUCUCACAUUACAAUAGAUGAAUAUUCCUUUUUCAGAAAACCUGUACACUAUUUCAAAGCACAUAUAUGUAUGAGAUUUUGAUCAGUCCUAUGUUACUACCACAAAAAAUAUAAAUUAUUCCACAUCAGCAACAGCUCUCCCUGCUCUUCAUGAUCCUCUUUUGUUUCUUUCAUCAUGUCAGUAGAUCCUCUUGUCCUCUUCCUGGUGUGACCUAUUGCAGUCGCCUUAAUUACAUUUACAUUUAUGGCAUUUGGCAGACAUUCUUAUCCAGAGCAACUUACAAUUAUCAAAAAAAAAAUUAUACAACUGAGAAAUUGUGGGUUAACAGCCUUGCUCAAGGGCCCAGCAGUGGCAGCUUGGCAUUGCUGGUAUUUGAAUUCAUGACCUUUCAAUCAGAGGUCCAAAGUCCUAACCACUGAACUAUUACUUUUACACUGAGCCGGUUGUCCACUAAUUGUAAGGUUGGUGGUUCGAUUCCUGGCCCAUGUGACUCCACAUACUGAACUGUCCUUGGGCAAGACACUGAACCCCGAGUUGCUCCUGAUGGCAAGUUAGUGCCUUGCAUGGCAGCUCUGCUACCAUUGGUGUGUGAGUGUGUGUGAAUGGGUGAAUGAGACACAGUGUAAAGUGCUUUGGAUAUAAGUGCACCAUUUACCAUUUAUCCUUGUUCUGGAACUGGCUAAAAAGGAUAAGCAUAGAAAGCUACCGCUGUGUCUGUCACAUGGGGUACUUUUAAUGUGUAUGAACACAAAAAUGCUACCACAUUUAAUGCAGCACAAUUAGAAAACGAAGCUAUUUUAUUUUCUUCAUUCGGUGUGCAGGAAUAAUGUUGUAACUGACAAUAAAACAGACUUAUUUAUA